GAGGUGUUGCUCACGGUUCGUUGUUCACCGCGAGCCGUAUGCCGUACGCCGCAUCGUGACACGCGAUCGUCGCCUUUGUUUAUUGUUUGACGCGCGUCUCAUCGUACAGCUGUUCAUAGUGGCCGUCAGUUUGCCGCUUUAGUGCCAAUAUUCUAUGUGUUCCCGGUUAACAGUGGUCCUCCACUCUCGAGUGUUGUUUCAGUGCGUGUCCCGUGUGUAGAUGGAGCGUGCGGUGAAUCCGUGAGAUUUUCGGUGAAGUGAGCGCCCCGCUAGGCUAGCGAGGCUGAGCGGCUCGACCAUGGCGGCCACGGCCCGCCGUGAGAUAGACACUGGCGAAGAAGACAUCGCCGCCAUCGCCAAACAGAUAUCAGACCAUGCCGAGGCCAUUUAUCAGACUUGGAAAGCGCGAGGUCUCGCGCCUACAGAGAUAUUAUCGUGCAGGCCCACGCCCGGCCUUAAAUUGACGGAGAGUUUACGCACCAAACCGAAGCCAGAACCGAAACCAGACAUAAAACAGAGGCCAGAAUUUAGACGAGAACAUCGCGCGGAUGUGGUCCGUGACCAGCGGCCAGAAGUCAGGCGUGAGCAGAGGCAUGAGCUCGACGGUGAUACGAUAGAGUGCACGUUGCCUCCAGACUUGGUCCCGGAACGAAAUGGUCCAGGCGGUGGGAGCGCUUGUGCCAGGCGGGCUGAUGCAGCUGCAAUGCGGUUGGAGGUGGCACGAGAAGAAGAGCGACUUCUGCGGGCGUUACGCACUGGUGGCGUGGUAGCCGAACGUACGCAGGAGCGUCCCGACGUGGUGCCGCCAGUGUCACUCGUAGAUUACGCUAAAAGUCGAUACCAGGACAGAUUAGACACAGGUGCGCGAAAGCCGGCGGCUGGCGCCAGUGGUGAGAGACGCGCGUCUCUCGGCUCGCACGUGACUGAAGCCCGGUCCAAGUUCGAGGCUCGUGCACGCAGGGCGUCAAGCGCCGGCGCCGGUGAACCCGCCUCCGCGUCGGGUGCUGCGCCCGUGCGGCCCUUCCUCACGCGUGGCUCUGUCGCCGAGCGCGUUCUUAUGUUUGAACGAUGUCCUAGCGAGGCCACCUUGGAACUCGCCAAGAGAAAGUCCCCGGCUGCCACGACGUGGCGGGGACCUCACGAUGUCAUCAACAGAGCACAGAGCUAUGCAGCAACAGCGCCUCCAAAGCCUGCGUCUGCGCCGCCGCAUACGACCCUGCAGCGGUCGGUACGCGGGGCGGCUAAUAGCGGGGCACCCGCGCGCGUCAUACCCAGGUUCCACUUCCCCAAGGGCCGGCCGCCCCCGCCCCACCAACAGGACCACGCGCUACACAAAGUACAGUCUGCAUUCGCCACGUUCCCUAAUAGCCAGGUUCCGAGAGAAAGCUUCAAACACAUCGUGAAGGCGUGCGAAUGCCCUCUCUAUUGGAAAAUGCCUUUAUUCCUGGCCACACAACAGAAUCUCCACGUUCCUGUUGAUGGGCACAAAUUCAUCGAUUUUUGGAGAGAGAUGACGUCACAAUGCCACGACCAUGCGUCGCGGUUCGUUUACAUCCUCACGCGAGGGAAGAGUAACACGCUGGCCCCAGAGGACUUUGUACCCCUGGUGCAGGACGUGGUGGACACACACCCUGGACUUUCCUUCUUGAAGGAGGCAACAGAAUUCCACUCUAGAUAUGUGCAUACUGUGAUUGCGAGGAUAUUUUACUGCGUGAAUCGAUCGUGGUCUGGAAGAAUAUCCAUACCGGAGCUGAGGAGAUCGAACCUGCUUCAAGUAAUCCAGCUUCUAGAGGACGAGGAAGAUAUCAAUCAAGUUACGCAAUAUUUUAGUUAUGAGCACUUCUACGUCAUCUACUGUAAGUUCUGGGAGCUGGACAGAGAUCACGACUUGUUCAUUGACCGGCACGACCUCGCGAGGCAUAACGACCAUGGUGAGCAGAAACACGAUUAG